AUGGAGAAGAAGCAAGAGAUAGCGGCAUCCGCUGGUGAGAAAGCUCCGGAGCAGCACGCCAUUGAUGUAGUCCCCGACCAGCAUGGCGACGCCAAAGGCACUGUUGUUGAUGCUGGCGGCGAUGUCGAGAAGGAGAGAUUGGUCGUUGUCGAGGAGCCCCAGAAGAAGAAGAGCACGAGGGUGGCAGCUCUUGAUGCCUUCAGAGGGCUCACCAUUGUGGUGAUGAUACUGGUAGACGAUGCCGGCGGGGUUUACGAGCGGAUCGACCAUUCACCAUGGGACGGCUGCACCCUGGCCGACUUUGUCAUGCCUUUCUUCCUCUUCAUCGUUGGUGUCGCAAUCGCCUUCGCCAUGAAGAGAGUUCCGAAAAAGCGUGAGGCUGUGAAAAAAGUCAGCGUCAGAACACUGAAAAUGCUCUUCUGGGGCAUACUACUGCAAGGUGGAUACUCACACGCUCCGGACGACCUCGCAUAUGGAGUGGACAUGAAGGUGAUAAGAUGGUGUGGCAUCCUCCAGAGAAUAGCCUUGGUGUACUUCGUGGUUGCUCUCAUAGAAGUGUUCACCAUAAAGGUGCGGCCUAACACAGUCCAGUCCGGUCCUUACGCCAUCUUCAGUGCCUACCGGUGGCAAUGGUUAGGCGGCUUCAUCGUGCUCGUCAUAUACAUGGUGACCGUAUACUCGGCGUAUGUCCCAGAUUGGAGCUACGUCUACCAUUUGGAGGGUGAUAUCGAUGAUGGGAAGCUAUUUACGGUACAAUGUGAUGUAAGGGGCCAUGUAGACCCAGCUUGCAAUGCAGUCGGCUAUGUUGAUAGGAUGGUCUGGGGGAUUAAUCAUCUCUACACGCAGCCUGUGUGGAUCCGAACCAAGGAGUGUACAUUUAGCUCACCAGAAAUGGGUAAGCUCCGAGACGAUGCUCCAGCAUGGUGCCGUGCGCCAUUCGAACCAGAAGGGCUGUUAAGUUCGAUAGCAUCAAUCCUAUCAGGGAUAAUUGGAAUCCACUAUGGCCAUGUUCUAAUCCAUUUCAAGACCCAUAAGGAGAGACUGAAACACUGGCUUUCGAUGGGAUUUUCUCUCCUUUUGCUCGGAAUUCUUCUCCACUUCACAAAAGCUAUUCCAAUCAACAAACAACUCUACAGCUUGAGCUAUGUUUGCUUCACGGGCGGUGCAGCUGGAAUCAUUCUUUCGGCUUUCUACAUACUGAUUGAUGUCUGGGGCCUGAGAAUACCAUUCUUGUUCCUCGAGUGGAUCGGCAUGAAUGCCAUGCUUGUGUUCGUUCUAGGAGCACAGGGAAUACUUGCUGGAUUUGUGAAUGGAUGGUACUAUGGGUCAGAAGAUAACAAUCUUGUUAACUGGAUCCAACAGCAUGUGUUUAUCAAUGUCUGGCAUUCAGUUAGGCUCGGAUCUCUGCUGUAUGUCAUAUUUGGAGAGAUCCUCUUCUGGGGUGUUGUCUCUGGCAUCUUGCACAAGUUUGGGAUUUACUGGAAACUAUGAGACUUCCGGAUGAAGAAAAAGCAAUAUCUGUUAUUUUUCCAGCAGUAAAUUAUGUUUAUGUAGCAUUACUUUGUACUAUGGGUUUAAAACUGUGAUAUAAGUCUUCUUGCCAUUGUCGAA